AAAAUAUUAAGUUCAAAUUUUCCUACAUCUCCAUUAAAUUUUUGUACAAAAAUAUCAAAGACCUGCGUAUGAAACUAUUGAGAAAAAGCUUUCCUUCCUAUAAAUAAUUUGAUUUUAGUUAAAAAAAAAAACAGUAACAUACUAAAUAAAGUUGUGCAAAGACCAAAGACAGCUGUAAAGUAGUAUAAUACACCACUCACUUUCACGUUUCACGUGCCUUUUUUAAUCACCUUUACCCUUCCCUUUCCCCACAUACUGUACAAAAGAAAAAAAAUAAACCAGAAACUGACUUUCUCUCUCCCCUUAUCUUCUUUCCUUCUCUCUCCUCUGAUCUUAUUUUUCUCUCUCCUCUGAUCUUCUUUUUCUCUUUCCUCUGACGAGAGGGUUGUUCCGGUCUGCGUUGAAGAAGAAAACCGGCGAGAGGAAACCGGUGAAGACCUUGGGUACGUGGGUUUAGUGUGAAAUACGUACCCAGCCCGUCCCCGCGUUCGAAUUUUCCAUCCCCAACAUCAGCCCACGUACCCGGCUCAAUGGAUUCGUUCUGGGUACGAAUCCCAGGCGAAUCCGUACCGUACCGCGUACCCGUACCCGGUACGGGAAACGGUCCCUGGGAGCCGUACCCAGGCAUCAUAGUAUAUAUAUAUGUGGGUAAAUCAUGAAGAUGACACAUUCUUUUUACCACUCAACUUUCAAGAGUUCAGGAAGAUAUGUGACCUUGAAUGUUUCUAUGUAAAUCUGGAAGAAUACCCGAAAGAAGCUCUCUUGUGUCUGGGUGCUGCCAUUCAUAAGGUUACACCUCUCCAUGAAAAAAGCAAGUUAGAAUCUCAUAUGAAGAUAAAUAUCCGGCUUCAUAACUACCCAGAAUCAAUGAUUGCUUUGAGGAACUUAAAAGCAGCUUAUAUAGACAGGCUGGUAUCUGUGCGCGGUACUGUUGUAAAGGUCAGCACUGUUCGACCACUGGUGAUGGAGAUGACUUUUAAAUGCAUUCAGUGUGGAGCUGACAUCCCACGUUUCUUUCCUGAUGGGAAAUACUCUCCUCCAGCAACUUGUAUUAUGAGCUGCUGCAAAGGAAAAACGUUUGCUCCAAUUAGAUCUACUGCACAGUCCAUUGAUUUUCAGAAAAUAAGAUUGCAGGAGCUUCUCAAACCUGAAAACCAUGAAGAAGGCCGGGUUCCUCGGACAGUAGAAUGUGAACUUACUGAAGAUCUUGUUGAUGUUUGUAUCCCUGGCGAUGUGGUGACAGUUACUGGAAUUAUAAGGCAAAUUAACAAUUACAUGGACCUUGGAGGAGGUAAAUCUAAAAGCAAGUAUCAAGGAUUAUACUAUCUAUAUCUGGAAGCAGUCUCUGUAACAAAUUCCAAAUCACAGUCCGUUCCUGAAGAUUCUGAGUACUCCACUGCUGAUGCUAGAGCAACCGAGAUGUCUGACUUAUAUUCAUUUUCUCCAAGGGAUUUGGAAUUCAUUGUGAAGUUUAGUGAGGAACACGGUCCUGAUGUCUUCCGUCAAAUGAUUCACUCGAUCUGUCCAUCUAUAUAUGGUCAUGAAAUCGUAAAGGCGGGAAUAACUUUAGCUCUUUUUGGUGGAGUGCGCAAGCAUUCCAUGGAUCAGAAUAAAGUACCUGUCAGAGGAGACCUUCAUGUGAUUAUAGUUGGUGAUCCUGGAUUGGGAAAGAGUCAAUUACUUCAAGCUGCAGCUGCUGUUUCUCCACGUGGAAUUUAUGUCUGUGGAAAUGCUACGACUAAUGCUGGCCUUACUGUAGCUGUUGUGAAGGAUCGUAUGACAAGUGAUUAUGCUUUUGAGGCUGGGGCUGUUGUCCUUGCGGACCGCGGUCUUUGUUGCAUUGAUGAAUUUGACAAGAUGUCUGCAGAACAUCAGGUUAUCUCAAGUCUUACUUGCAGAGUCUCUCUGUUAGAAGCAAUGGAGCAACAGUGUGUCUCUGUUGCAAAGGCGGGACUCGUGGCAAGUCUAUCAGCACGCACUUCUAUCUUAGCUGCUGCAAAUCCUGUUGGCGGCCAUUACAAUCGCGCGAAAACGGUGAACGAAAACUUGAAGAUGAGUUCUGCCUUGCUUUCGCGAUUUGAUUUGGUUUUCAUAUUGCUGGAUAAACCUGACGAACAUAUGGAUAAACGGCUUUCUGAGCACAUUAUGGCUCUUCAUUCCGGUUAUGGAGAUAAUUCCUCCACAGUAAGAACAGUCUGCAGAGCAUCACAGAGUAUCAGACAAACAGAUGUUACUAUAACAAGUGAGUCUCUCGUGGCAAGGUUGAGACUAGAUCCUAGGAAGGAUAGUGAGUUUGUCCCACUACCUGCUCCACUUCUACGGAAAUAUAUAGCUUAUGCAAGAGCUUUUGUCUUUCCAAAAAUGUCAAGGUCAGCAGCAGAGAUCCUGCAGAAUUUCUACUUACGAUUGCGAGAUCGUAACACUUCCGCUGACGGUACUCCCAUAACUGCAAGGCAGCUAGAAAGUCUAGUAAGAUUGGCAGAGGCUCGUGCUAGAGUAGACUUAAGGGAUAAAAUAACUGACCAGGAUGCUUUGGACGUUGUUGAAAUCAUGAAGGAAUCCUUGUAUGAUAAGUACGUUGAUGAGCAUGGAGUUGUUGAUUUUGCGCGUAGUGGAGGCAUGAGUCAACAGAAGGAAGCAAAGAGAUUCUUAAGUGCUCUCAAUAAGCAAUCAGAGUUGGACCAGAAAGAUUGUUUUACAAUAUCUGAAAUAUAUGGUUUGGCAGAUAGGAUUGGUCUCAGGGUUCCAGAUAUUGAUGUAUUUGUUGACAACUUGAACAGUGUUGGUUUUCUAAUCAAGAAAGGACCCAGAACAUAUCAGUUGCCAUCUUCAUCUUACACAAGGAGUCAGACAUCAAGGUCCAGGGUAUAGACAUGGAAAGAAGGAUCUGUCGCAGGUUGUCUUCGAGACUAUUGAAAUAAACGAGUACAUCAUUCCGGCGUCGUCAAAUUAUAAUCGCACGCUAUGGAAAAGUGAAGGUGUUGUGAACCAUAUGAAAGUGAUGGCGACGUAUAAAUAGAAGCCGUGAUGAUAUUGCUUGUAUUAUAGUAUUACACAUGGCUUGUACAAAAAAGUAUAAAUCAAGAUUGUACCAAAUUACAACUGGUUCUGUUUCGUUUUGUUAUCUAAGUUCUGCAAAUAGCUGUACAUAUGAUACACAACGAAAAUCUAGUAUACAAAAUUACUAGCUGAUAGAAACCAUGAUUUACUUGAUAA